AUGAGCCUGGUCCUCAACCAAGAUGCUGAGAAGCAUCCCACGAUGUUCUGCUACCAGGUGAAUGGGUCUUGUCCCAGGACAGUCCAUCCCCUGGGCAUCCAGCUGGCCAUCUACCGCUGUGCGGCAGGUGUGCUGAUCACGGUCCUAGGAAAUUUAUUUGUGGUGUUCGCUGUGUCCUACUUCAAAGCGCUUCACACCCCCACCAACUUCUUGCUGCUUUCCCUGGCUGUGGCUGACAUGUUUCUGGGUCUGCUGGUGCUGCCCCUCAGCACCAUUCGCUCAGUGGAGAGCUGCUGGUUCUUCGGAGACUUCCUCUGCCGCCUGCAUACCUACCUGGACACCCUCUUCUGCCUCACCUCCAUCUUCCACCUCUGUUUCAUUUCCAUUGACCGCUACUGUGCCAUCUGUGAGCCCCUGCUCUAUCCAUCCAAGUUCACGGUCAGGGUGGCCCUCGGGUACAUCCUGGCAGGAUGGGGGGUGCCAGCAGCUUACACUGCCUUCUUACUCUACACAGACGUGGUGGAGAGCGGUCUCCGCCAGUGGCUGGAAGAAAUGCCUUGUGUGGGCCGUUGCCAGCUGCUGUUCAACAAGUUUUGGGGCUGGUUAAACUUCCCUGUGUUCUUUCUCCCCUGCCUCAUCAUGAUCAGCUUGUAUGUGAAGAUCUUCGUGGUUGCUACCAAGCAGGCUCAGCAGAUCCAUAACUUAAGCAAGAGCCUGGCUGCUGCCAAGCGUGAAAGAAAAGCUGCCAAGACCCUGGGCAUAGCAAUGGGUGUGUACCUCUUGUGCUGGCUCCCCUUCACCAUGGACACGAUGGCUGACAGCCUCCUUAACUUCAUCACACCACCUCUGCUCUUUGACAUCUUUAUCUGGCUUGCUUACUUCAACUCAGCCUGCAACCCCAUCAUCUAUGUCUUUUCCUACCGGUGGUUCAGGAAGGCACUGAAACUCAUCCUGAGCAGGAGCAUCUUCUCACUGCAGACGCCCACGACUGAUUUGUACCAAGAAUGA